AUGCUGAUUGAUGCUCAUCUAUUGAGUUGUCUCAAUGCUACUCUAUCUCCUCCGAUCUAUUCUACUAUACUUCCAUUUCGUCACUGUGCUGAUGUUUGGUCUGCUCUUCACAAGAAAUUCACUUAUCUUUCCAGAUCACAUAUUCAUCAGCUAAAGAAUAAAUUGAAUUCUGUUUUGAAACAAUCUGAAUCAAUGGAGGAAUAUCUUUCCAAAAUCAAAGAUAUCGUUAGUCAAUUGGCUCUUGCAUCAGUAGCUAUCGAUGAUGAAGAUCUUGUCCUAUUAACCUUUAAUGGUCUUCCUGAUGAGUUUGAUGCUUUCAAAACAUCCAUUCGAGCCCGAUCUGGUUGUAUUUCAAUGGAAGAGUUGUCUUCUCUGUUGUGUUCUGAAGCGAUUCACAUGGAAGCAAAAACUAAAAAGCUUGAACCAACAGUUGCCUUCUCUACUGUCAAAGGCUUUGCUUCUUCUACUUUUUCACCAUUUUCCUCUCGUGGUCAUGCCUCUCGCGGUAGAUUCUCUUACAGAGGAGGAAGAGGAGGCAGAUACUCCAGAUGA